CGCUUAUUUUUAUUGCAAUAAUGAUGUUUCUUAUACUGAUUUCAGCGUUCAUUUUGCACGCAGAAAGUAGCGACGUUGAUACAAAAUGUUUGGUAAACGAGCAUUUAAAUGGUUGCAGCACUCCUUUUCAUUUACCACUUCCGUACAAAGGAAUGUUUACACCAGCAUGUAUGACGCAUGAUAUUUGUUACAGAUGUGGAGUAAAGUUCGGAUGGAGUCAAGUGGAAUGCGAUCUUCGCUUCAAAACUGGGAUGACUAAUAUAUGUAAAAAAAAAUUUGCAACAUCUCGAAGUAAAAGAGAUCUUAAUUUAUGGAAAAAAAUGAUGGAAAAAUAUGAAAAAGUGAAGAACGGUUGGGAAAAAGCAAUAUCAAACAAAACAAAAACAGAAGAAGCAAAACGUUUGUUACUUGCUACAAAGGAGAUAUUCAAAAUGAUUGGAAAAUGGUUUACUUUAAAAAACGAGAUGGAAAAAUGCUUGCAAGCUGUUGACAUAUAUUACUACAGCGUUGCCACUUACGGAAUUUAUGCUUAUCGUACCACAGCUAAAAGCUAUUGUGAUCAAAAAUGCGCAAAAGAUCUUGGAUUAAACUUGCACGAAUAAUUUAAAUAAGAAAUUAAUAAUAUUGCUAAUACAUAAUUAUACCAGAAAUAUUUAUUACAAUAUUAAACAGUAAUAAUCAGUAUUUAAUCAAUUAAAAAUUUUUUCUUGUUGAA